AUGUUUGCCGGCUACCCUUAUAUCCUGUUCGAGGAUCGACGCAAGCUGUGGGAGUUCCUCGACCAGGAAUUUUGCUCGAAGGACCUAAACCAGAUGGCGAACAGGCUGUGGUGGAUGUCAAAACAAGACAGCGCCAACAUCUCCCCGCUCCACCGGCAACUGGUUAAACAGCGCGCCGUCAUCGUCACCGAGGAUCCCAAGCUGCAUCUAAUCUGGAUCCACAACCGAAUCUUCAUCAAGCCGCUGCCCCGGUACAUCGUCUCGUAUGCAUUCUGGCAGGACUACAUGGGUGGCGAUGGGAAAGAUGCCCACGAUAUCCGCAGGACAGCCUUGGGCCAUCUCCGUACAUGGCUGUACCUGCCUGCACCUCAUCCCGCCCGACAUCACAUGGGACCAGUCUGCCGUUUCGCAUCCGACCUGACUACGAUUGUCAACCACGACGUCCCUACACGCUAUACCUAUGGCGAGAUUCGAUUGACUAGGCUUAAUUUCUACGCUCCAUUCCAGCUGCUCGAGUUGAUUGUCGAGACCUCCCAAGCAACCUGCGCUAAGUGGCUCGUCUCAAGCCGCAACUGGCCGCAGAUUGAAGAAGAGCUGUCCAACGUGGCGCACAGGCUAUCCCUCGAAGUCAAUGCGAAGUCGGUCGCAGCGGCUGUGGACAGCUACAUCUUGCACAAGGUGUCCCAACUUGUACAACGGAAGAGCUAUCGAGACAACACCGCCGACGAAGUACGCCAGUACUUGUCGUCAAACGCUGACGGCACUUUUCUCUGGGUCGCCUUAGGAACUUGCGAAGACACGCCGAGGGAAUGCUUUACAGAAAGUCAAGUCUUUCCCGUCGGGUCUCGAUUCCCUCUAUCGACAGAUGAUACAACAAGUUUGCGCAUCGGAAGACGCCGAGCUUUGUACACAAAGGCGCCCAAUUCCACUCUGUCGCGACGCGCCAUUUCGCGUAUCUCUGAAGCACCGGGUCUCUCCGAUAACGGCCGACCAUCUCUAGGCAAGAUUAAGCCUCGAAGCCAAGCGCCCUUGGUCAACGUCGUUCGAGAGACUCGCGAUGAUGCACCUUCCAACCUUGUACCGGUAGCGGACAUGGGCAGAUCAGAUCUCCUUAGAAACAACAAAGUCGACGACGUGACUGCUCAUAAUGCCACUGCUCGACCCAAUGCCCCCUCGGUCGAUGAGUCUCUUGCGAAAAAUACACGCAAGGGCAAAGGAAAAGUACCGCAGGGAGCCGAAGAAGAUGACCGUGAAGAACACGAGAUUGCUAGCCUCAUUAAACACCGCAUGGCUGCCGAUGGAAAUGGUGCUGUCGAACUAUUAGUUGGUUGGGCCGGCGAAAAGGCCGAGGAUGCCACGUGGGAGCUUGAGGGCGAGGUCCAGAGGAACGCAGAAGAGUCGCUGUAUACGUACUGGAAAACACAGCAAGGCCGACAAAAUGCGCUUUUCAUCAAACCGAAGAACCCUCCUCCUGAGAGAUAUCACGUAUUCAAGAUCCUCAACCACCGGGAGAAAUCAAGAGGAGGUUUUCAAUUCGAGGUACAGUGGGUUGGUCAUCCUGCCACGCGUGGUGAAACGUCAAUGGAGGCAGAGACAAAGCUCAAGAACGUAGCGCCGGAGCUACUGGACGGAUACUGGGAGAGUGUCGGCGGUCGUGCCAGCCGCAUGGUGAGGCGUGGCCGUACCAAAAAGGCUAGAACCAAGUAG